CAUCGCGCUGUCUGUUGCGUGAAUAGUUACAGAAAGUGACUGAAUAAAGUCCUGUUACUGCUGUGCUUAGCCGCAUUAGCCGUUUGUAGUAGACCGAACAUGCGCAUGCUGUUUAGGUAGCAGCAAGCAUUAGGAAAAAGACGGCGGCAUGCUUCCCGGGGGCGUAACUACUCGACUCUGUUGCCGGUGGCGCAGUGUAAGGCAGCCGUGGAUAAGGCAAGCACGGCCCCCACCGCCUCCUCCAGAGGCCCCCCUGCCACGUGGCUCAUCCCAGCUCACAAAGGCCACCGCAUUCACCGUUGGGUGCUGUGGGGCGUCCUUCCUGGGUGCAGCUGUGUGGCAGUAUGAACGCAUGCGGCAUGAAGCACGAGCCAUCAUUUCCCAGCGCUGGACCUGGGAGCCCAAGCGGGGCAGCUGGCGGCAGCAGCUGAACGCGUGGUGGCACAGCAUACCCGAGGGCAACCGGGUGGCAUACGGCCUGAUUGCGGCCAAUGCGGUGGUCUUUCUGCUGUGGCGAGUGCCCCGGAUGGAGCCCAUUAUGCUGCGAUACUUCGUCUCCCAUCCAGCAUCCAAGCCGUUGUGCCUGCCCAUGUUCCUGUCGACGUUCAGCCACCACUCGUUCAUCCACCUGGCAGCCAACAUGGUGGUGCUGAACAGCUUUGUCCCAACAGCCGUGGCCUUGCUAGGGCGAGAACAGUUUCUCGCCAUGUACGUCAGUGGCGGUGUUGUGUCUUCCCUUGCCAGCUAUCUGCACAAGGUUGCCACUCACCGAGCUGCCAUGUCUCUGGGCGCAUCGGGAGCUAUUCUGGCCGUGGUAGGAGCCCUGUGUGUGCAGUACCCAGACGCACAGCUUAGCAUCCUCUUCCUGCCUUUCUUCACCUUCUCGGCAGCUGCGGCAUUGAAAGGUGUGUUGGCAUUUGACACGGCUGGCAUGCUCUUUCGGUGGCACCUACUGGACCAUGCGGCCCACUUGGGAGGCACCUUGUUUGGCGUGGGCUACGUGCUGUACGGCCAGGAGAUAUGGAAGCGCAGGGAGCCCAUUCUCAACACAUGGCACCAGCUUCGUGAAGGCUGGGGUCGUAGGUGACGACCUUCAUGAAUGAGCUGUUUAGGGUGGUAGGAUCACUCUGCUUACUGGCUGACGGUAUUCUGUGUACACUUCACGAUCGAGUUAUCUUCUACGAGCACGAAUAAAAACGCUGUAUAUUUGCGGUUUACAUACA